UCUCACAGUGAACACUGUUCUCGGAUCCCAAAAAAGCCGACACAGAAAGCACCCAUUAGGAAUAUUAGAGAAAAAUUCCAAUAAAAUAAUUUAUAGUCUAGAUGACUUCAGAGGAACAAGAAGAGGUCUACACAGAGGAGGAGACUGACGAGGCCAUGUUCUUCAUCCGCGAGCACGCGCUUCCCAUGUCAGAGUUGCGCUAUGCCCUCAAGUAUGUCCGCAUUUUGCACGGAGAUCGAUACCAAAACGAUCAGAUAAUGCCAGCCCCGAUGCCCCAGAAUCCUGUGGCAGAGGUGGAGCCACCGCCUUUCGACUGGGAGGAUAAGGAGAACCAGCCUGUGGCCCGACACCUCUAAAAGUGUUAAAUGGUUUAUAAUGUUGUAUAGGAUUUGUGUUAAAUGCCUUUAGAUAUGUCGACAGAAAUGAGUAAACUCAUAAAAGGCAUUUGAUCGGGUUUAUUUUAUUUAUUUCAAUAGAUGUAUAGAUGUUAAUCUUAAUCUUAAUCUUAAUACGAAAAGAAGAAUCUAUUUAAAUUCAAUAGUAAUUGAUAUUUACU